UCAUUUGUUUUUACACAACUUGUUCUUAAAAUGCACUGUAUCGUCAAUUAGUACAGUAAGUCCAGACAACUCUAAACCUAAAGACACAGACAAUAGACUAUAUCCUGUUUAAACACUGGGUUUAUAUUUCCAACCUUCGCCUUAAUCUCUGAAUUUUGUUCUGGCUAAAUCUAUAAAGGGAUUUUCUGGGAAAAGCCUGUUAGUUUACCAGACAGAUCCAAGGGUGGGAUUGGUAUAGACGGGAAAAUCUGCUUGCUCAUUCUAUAUCAGCAGGAGUGCAUGAGUCAGCGUUUUGGUCUGUUACACCCAGAGUUGUUGCGACACACACACACACACUCCCCCUAUCUCUUCCUCCCUCUUACAUAUUCACACACAGGCCAUAAGACUGAGUCAAGCUCAGUUUUUAGUUUGUAGCCAAGUUGAGAUAAGGCUUUCUGGGAAACGUAGCCUGGUUGGACAGCAUUCCAUUUAGAAAUAACCAUGUGUGCUCAACACCUGGGACUGUCUUUAAUGCUCUAAGAAACCUGGAUAUAUAAAAUCAGCUGUGAAAGGGCUCCCUGAUGGACAUGCCUGCCCCCCGGUCGUCUGUGUUUACAUUUGAGUCUACAGUGCAUUCCUCCCAUGUGCUGCGGUGCCUGGACGAGCAACGUCGCCGGGAAACGUUGUGUGAUGUUACGGUGGUGGUGGAAGGUCAGAGUUUCAGAGCCCACCGCUCAGUACUCGCUUCCUGUAGCGAGUACUUCACACAAAGGAUCUCCUCCCUCACACAGCAUGGAGCGGUCCUCACUCUACCACAAGAGGUGACAGUUGCUGGCUUUGAACCCUUGUUGAAGUUUGCCUACACAUCCAAACUUCUUUUCGGGAAAGAAGACGUCUUAGAAAUACGCAAUUCAGCUACCAUCCUUGGCUUCAGAGACCUGGAUGAGGCAUGCUUUGAUUUCCUCCUCCCUAAGUUCUUCUCCAGCAGCAAUGGCUGUGCCACUUUUCUGAGAAAGACCUGCUGUAAGAGGAAAUGUAAGAGGCGAUUAUCAAAGGUAGACCGUGGCGUAAACUCUGACAAUGUAUUGCUGGAUGAGAAAGAAGUAAAACCAGUUGCUGACUCACCACCUCAACAGGAAGCGGCUUUGCCCUGUAACAAAUCAGUGAACAACAAAAUGGGAAGUCAGAACAGUGCAGGUACUCUUACACCUGUAGCUGAAGUGACAAAUGACAAUUUAAUACUGUGUCCAAAGUAUCGCAGGCAGCUGGCUUGCGGUAAGAAAACUUGUGUCACAGAGAAAAGUCUGUCCAGUCCAGUAACAGUAGUCAGGGAUAUCUGUGACCUCUCGUGCUCGCCCCACUACAGCAAUGCGAACAGUAAGAAUGAACCUGAGGUUGAAGUCCCUGGAAAUUCAACCUCAAAUUCCUCCAGAGAGAGCAAAGGAGGGGCUGAUGACCCAUGGAAAACUGGAAUACAUGACACGAAAACAGAGUCUGGAUUGGGCCGAGGGGAGGUUGUUAUGGUUAAAAACAAAACAAAUGAAAGGCAGGAGAAAUGGAUUGAAAAGAAAAGAAAUAUGGACAUGGAAGACAUCAGCUUUUCAGACAGAUCCAGUGCCAAGGCAGUCCCCUCAGGGCCAAGCACAGUGCUGGGUGAGAGAUCAGCAGAGUUAAUGUUACCCCACUGCCCCCAGAAGACCUUUGGUGAGGGCCCUGCAAUCACUUACAUUACAGAGGACAAGAAAACAAGGGACUCUGUACUAUCUAUUCCUCAAAAGGCAGAGGAGCAGGUAGAAGCUGAGCAGAAAAGAGCAGAUGAUGAGAUAGAUUCUGGCCGGCAAGAAAGAGGAAAAGGAGGACAAACAGGCAGCAUGGAGAGAGCCCUGUCAGUAAAUAAUACCAGAGACAGGAACACCGUACAAAGGGAGGUGUCCGACGUGGGCUUGUCUCAGGUGAACUUCCAGGACCCUGAUGCGAGAAGUUCCUCUGAUACAGGGAACGGACAGGCACAGAGCACAUCUUUAGAGUGGCUGAAGCUCCACGUCAACCUCAGCUCACCAAGCAACAGCUGUCCCUUUUUCCAGGAUCUGGACCGAAGCAGAUGUUUAUGGAAGGGGGCUGAGUUGUCUGAGUGCGAGGGGGCAUCUCAGUCGGGUGUGUCAUCCCUCAACUCGGGGGACGAAGGAGACUCAGAGACAGAAACAGAAGGAGACAGUGAGUCCUACACAAGAGAGAGGGCCAGACAGGUUCAGUUGCCAUUCUCUGUAGACUGGAUUGUGGAUCUAAGCAGAAAUGACUUCCAACAGCUGCUGAAGCAACAGGUGUUCACUCAUGAACAGCUGGAAUUAGUCCAUGAUAUGAGACGGCGCAGCAAAAACCGCCUCGCAGCUCAGCGGUGCCGCAAGAGGAAACUAGACUGCAUCUAUAAUCUGCAGUGCGAAAUCAACAAGCUGAAGACAGAGAGAGAAAAACUGAUCAUGGAGAAGAGCCAGCUGAACCAGCUGAAAGAGAAAACAUGUGAGAGUGUCUCCACCUUAUGCCAAAGGGUCUGCACUGAAGCCAACCUACAGCCAGAGCAGCUCCAGGUGUUAGCCAAAUACACCACAACAGACUGCCCUCUGUCCUCUUUCUUUCCUUACAUAGACACGCUCCUUUCACAACCUGGGUUGCCACUCCAGCUUCGGGCUUCAUUCUCGGCCUGUUCUGUGGACCUUGAUAAGUAUAUGGUGGGUGAGGAGGCUUCGUCCAGCUCCAGAAGUGAUACAAUCACAGAAGACGAUCAACAUUCGCUUUAGAUGCACACUCAGCACACACAUUUCAACUUUGUACGAAACUCAUAGGAUUGUAGAGCCAGAGGUUGCCAUGAUGUCAAACUGGUUAUUAAACCAAAGGUUUGUAUCAUACCUUUUAUCAUAUUGUAUCUGAGGACAUUACCAUAGACUGUGGUCUGAGUACAGGACAAAAAAUAAAGCAGUGGCUUACUUAUGAUCUCAUCAUGAUAUGACGAUACAUGGGAAUGGGAAGGCUGUAAUCAGCACCAGUUUAAACCUUUUCAAUUUAAAACUUUAAGACUUAUAUUGAGAGGCCAGGAAAGCAUUCCAGGGGUCAAAAAUCAUUCAUUUUACUUUUACACCAAUUCUAAGUAUUUGAUGACCGUCUGUAGUGAAUUUGUCCAACUAGCUAUUUACAGUUUGUUUUCUUGUUAAAUGUGCCUGCUUGCUAAUCAAUGUUGAGAAUGUAAAGAAAUCAGCACUGAGACAAUCACACCUUUAAUCAUAAAUCAAAGGGAACAGUGGUCUCCAUAUUUGUAAUGUGCUUCACUGCUUGAUUACCUCAGGAUAACACACUCAUCCAUAUACUUUAUAUGUGUACUUUUAUUGUAUAAGAAAACAUUUUGAUACAGUUGGUACGCUAAGGUUCUCAGGUGUUAAUAGGAAAAUACAGCUCAUAAUACCUCUUGCAGACAGUGUUGGUCUUGCCCUUUCUACAGAGAGUGCAACACAAAACAGCAUUUUGCACCAAAAACAAGACAACUGAGCAAAUAGACUUGACAUGGUGUGCCAUGUUUACCUUCUGGUCCUAUGUCUGCCUGUCAUAUUUAAGCCUGUCAUUGUGGUUGCCUGACCACAGUGACACAGCUCUUUUAGGCUGCACACUAUUUGCCUUCAUAUGUUUUAAAGUGAAGCAUUUAUAUAUGAACAAAGUACACUUUUAGCAGAAAAGCUGCCUCACUAUCAUUUUUUUUCUGCUCUGUAUUGCGGCAUUGGACUUUUUUAUUUUCAUUAGAUGGAAAUAGGUCUAGGGAACAAUGUGGUACAAGCAGAUUUAUGUUUUUCUUUUAUGUCUGGACAGUCAACAGAGCAAUUAUUGAUAUUUGUUUUGUGCAUCCAAUUCAUUACUCAAUUUUCUGUAGCUUUUCUUUUGACUUUCACCUGUAGCCUUUCACCUAUUGUCCCCCAAUUUAUAGUAAAUAUUUGACACUCAGGACACUUCACAGAAAACCAGCUUUGCAACUUAUAACCUUGGUUACUCAGGAUCAGGUUUCACUAUAUGUGCAUAUAGUUUUAGGUUUAUAUCAGUUAUGCACUGAUUUUAUGACAAUAUGCUGAGUAACCUCAUUGUUUUUUUGAGGUUGGAAUGAAUAUAGACAUCUAGUAAUAUGGUUAAUGAACAUAAGAAUUGAGUUUUUUUUCUCCCACCAAGCCAACUUCCGGCUAAUGCAUGAUAACUCUGGUGCUUAUUGCCCUCUAGUGAUGGGUGCAUGUACAGUCAGUAGACCUAGAGCUGAAAAGAUGUGUACUACAGUAUAUGCUGCACAAAUUCCUGUCUACUGUGUUACUUUAUUUUUAAUGCAUAUAAAUCACUGUAUCUUUCUAUGAUAAUGUCCAGGUGGAUUCCUGUAUUUUUUAAAGCAAAAGUGAAACGGAACCAAUCAACAUUAAAAAGAAAUUUCUCCAAACAGUAAAA